GUAGUGUACAGAUAUAUUACUACAGAAGCACAUAAAAAAUCAAGAACUUUUACCACCAAGUCGUAUUGCAAUGCGAUAUUAUCGACUCUGGAUCUACGUAUGUAAUGCAGUUAUAUUUUUAAGUGCAAUUAGUUUUGCUGCAGUAAUUUCUCACACAAUAAUUUUUGCAAGUGAUCGUCGACGCUAUCUUGUCCCAGGACUACCGCAUGCUUUUGAUCCAACAUCUAUCUACGUAUACUUUGCACUCAUCAUACAGUUUGGAGUUGUCCAGUUAUUAGGUUACAUUGCAGCAAGACAGCUGAAUUCUAAGCUUCUCCAUAUUUAUUGGUUACUAAUACUUGGUCUUCUUUUUGGUGAUGUAGUUAUUGGUGUAGUAUGGAUGUUAAGAUUUGAAAAAAUGAGGGCUGAUCUUAAGCCAAUUCUUCGCCUGAGAUUACAGGUAGAAUACAACAGAGUGCCGCAGUUCAGUGAACAGUGGGAUCAAUUGCAGCGAGAGUUUUCUUGUUGUGGAGUAACAGGCCCACCUGAUUUUGAUAAUCAGUGGCCCCAAAGUUGCUGCUCAACGGAAAACAGUAAUAAUUCAAGCUUAGAAGACAGUUUUAUAUCCAGUAAUACUCUGAAAAAUAACAUCAGCAAUCUGGCUUUACUCAACCUAAGACCUUGUUUAGAUCCUUACACUCAAGGCUGCGAUAAUCAGUUAACUAUUUGGUUGAAAAAAACAGCUGAUCUCCUCUUUAUUCUUGGUUUUUGUGUUAUCGCUUUUAUGAAGCUAUGUUUUCUAGGGAUAUUGCGCUUUGAAAUUCGUGAAAUGAUACAAAAAAUUCAGAUGAUGAAAGAACCAUUAUCCUCAAACGUUCCACCUUCUCAAAUUUCUUAUCCACAGUUGAGACAUCAUCAGUUACUACAACAACACAAACAGCCAAAUGAAAUAGCUGUAAAUUAUGAAAGUAUAAAGAAAAAGAAGCUUAUUCCCGUUGUAACUACAAAUAUGUCUUUAGGCACAUCGACUUUAUUGGCUCACACUGAAGACAUUAGUAACACAAAGCAUCCUUUAUUAGUAAAUAACACACAAGAGGGUGGGGUUGAUAGUGAUACUAAUAGCCAUUGUGCUCUUAUACUUGAAGAAUCUACUUUACCUUCUCAACAUCACUCAAUAGUUUCGGGUUCCAAUAGAAGAAAUACCAACAACUACGAAUUACAUGAGCUGAGAAGACAACUUCCCAGUCUGACUGAUGAUAAUUAUUUUGCUACAGCGUUGUUAAAAAACUCAAGUUCAGUGAUAAAACAUAAAAUGCCCGUUGUUCCAGUGCCAAGUUAUACAUGAUCUAAUAUAUGACUAUAAUGAACCUGAGUUAUUAAAUGUACAAACGUUCUCAUCCAUUAAGACUGCUAGUAAAUUCUUUAGUUAAACAAAAAAGAAAAAUAUUCUUCGUUUUGUGUACUACUACACAAAUAAGAAAAUAUUAUUUGCUUGCAUUACUAAGUGUCACUGAUUGUAUGUCUAAUUGAUUUUAGAAAUUUGUUCCAGGAUGUUAUAUUUGUCAACAAUAACGAAA